AUGCCGAAAUCGACAAGAGGUCGAAAACCGCGGGCUUGCGACUCGUGUCGCAGGAAGAAGAUCCAGUGUGACCGAGCUGUACCGCAGUGCGACUACUGCCAACAUCAUGGCUUGACGUGUACCUACAACGAAGCUGCAAAGACAGAGGGAUCCGCACUUCGAUCUAAUCUUUCAAGGCUUCCGAAGACCGCAUCACCGAGUCGACAGCUUAGUCUUUUUGAGCCAGAUGAUAGGGAGCUUAUUCUUCGUGCGAGCGAUGCUCAUGAUCGCGAUCCAACUUAUUUAGAGGGCUUGCGUUUGUUGAAUGGUAAUUCACUCUUCAGCCCGCAAGGUCAACAGUGGAUCAAAAGCAGGACAGGCUCAACCAUUUCAUCAAAUAUCGUCGACAAGUACCGUCUUCCUUACCUGUGUUCCACCAAGUCCCCUCUUGCAAAUGAUAAUCACAAGAUUCUAAAGCUUCCCGACAGUAAGAUUGUCGAGGAGCUAGCAGCGCGAUUUUUUUCAUCUGCGCAGUCUCUCGUCUUCCCACUGCUAAGUCUUCACCGCUUCAUGACGACAACCCUGCCUCUUGCUUAUUCAGAAGGCGCCGGGAGCAAACUCCAUACGAUUAGUGCCAAGGCUUGUGCUUAUGGAGUGCUGCUUAUGAGCGACAUCUUUGGUCUUGACACGGGCGAUGAUAUGGCUGACAUUGGUUGCUGGUGCCAAAGAUAUGCUUUGGAAAUCGAAGGGUCAAUACCUCUGAUCUUACGCGAGAUGAAGAUCGAUGGACUUGAGUCGUUGAUGAUGCUCAUGAUCUUCAAAUACUUCAUGGGAGUUUUAGAAUCCGCAUCUUUCCUCGUCUCAGUCACUUCGCGCUUCCUGUUCCAGCUCGGAGCCCACAUAUUUCCUUCUCCCCCAGACCACUACGAUAAGCGCAAUGAAGCUCACCAUAUACGUGACCUCUUUUGGGUCUGCUACUGCAUCGACAAAGACCUGUCUCACAGGACUGGUCAACCGCCUACCAUCAACGACGAUCACUGCGACCUCACGCUGCCUCCUAACUACGUCCAGAUGCAGAGCUCCAAUAUCCUAAGUUCCGGCCCAUGUUCAAGUCGCAACUCCUCCACUGUGCCGCUCUAUCCAUGGGACAUUCGACUCUCGGUAAUGAAGUCAAAGAUCUAUAACGACCUCCACUCGAUAAGUGCCUCCAGACUAUCAGAGACCGAAAUAUUGAGAAAGAUCCGGCAUUUGGAUAAAGAGUUGGAAGCUUGGAGAGUGACUCUUCCACCUGACCAUCGACCGACCUUGUCGUUUCUGGAGCAAACACCUGUUGAUGCCCAGACAAAUACACAGGCAAUCAUGCUCCGGCUUUCAUAUCACCACUGCAUUAUUCUCAUUCACCAAGCUCGAUGCAGAAUCUUCCAGUCAGAUCAGCCUAUCGACAACUUGAUAGACAACGGCCAUAGAAUAAACUUCCAGAUUUUAGUCGACGCCUCAAGAUCUAUCUUGAUCUACCUAGAAAAGGCACUCCCCGUCCUGGCCCACGAGUGCUUCUGGGUCAUCAUCUUCUAUCCGAUGAUUGCAAUCUCGACUAUCUUCUCCGUCGCGCUUCUCGAUAACCGAUCAGACCCAGAGAACGAAAGACUUAAGCUGCUGCAAGGCUUUACACGAUUGAUCAGGCAAAUACCUAUCAAAAGGCUUACUGUCGCGGAGAUAUCGCACUUGGAGUUUAUCGAGGAGCUCGUGGAGGAAAUGGGCAGAUUAGUACUGGUUACUCAUUGAGCGGUUAUUCCAGGCCGCCAAGUCACGAAGUUGCCCAAACCAGCCUAAAGCUUACUGAUCACGAUGAAAAUAGUACAUUCCGUACAAAAGUACCAAUAGUCUCAACACGCGCAGAUUAAUAAGACCAACGGCCUUAACAUGCUACCUCC